GCUGGAGAACAUGGACAACGUGAACAAGCUGUUACUGGUGGACUACACUGGGAACCGCCUGGUGGCGUGCGGCUCCAUCUGGCAGGGCGUCUGUCAGUUCCUCAGGCUGGAGGAUCUCUUUAAGCUUGGAGAGCCUCAUCACCGGAAGGAGCACUACCUGUCCGGAGCCAGAGAGCCUGAUGGGAUGGCAGGUGUGGUGGUCGGUGAAGAUGAUUGGACGGCUGAGCCCAGGAGGAAGAAGCCGGUGAAAGGCAGCAGCCGCCUGUUCAUUGGCGCCGCCAUCGACGGGAAGUCGGAGUAUUUUCCCACGCUGUCGAGCAGGAAGCUGGUGGAGAACGAGGAGAGCGACAACAUGUUCCUGCUGGUCUACCAGGAUGAGUUUGUCUCCUCGCAGAUAAAGAUCCCGUCCGACACGCUGUCCACCUACCCGGCCUUCGACAUCUACUACGUGUACGGCUUCUCCAGCCGCACCUACGUGUACUUCCUGACGCUGCAGCUGGACACGCAGCUCACACAGAUGGACGCAGGUGGAGAGAAGUUCUUCACCUCUAAGAUCGUGAGGAUGUGCUCCAACGACACGGAGUUCUACUCCUACGUGGAGUUCCCUCUGGGCUGCACCAAGGACGGGGUGGAGUACCGCCUGGUGCAGGCCGCCUACAAGCAGAAACCAGGCCGGAGGCUGGCCCAGGCGCUGGGCCUGUCGGAGGACGAUGACAUCCUCUUUGUGGUCUUCUCACAGGGUCAGAAGAACCGCUCCAACCCGCCCAGAGAGACGGUCCUUUGUCUGUUCACCCUGCAUGACAUCAACCUGGCCAUGAGGGACCGCAUCAGCUCCUGUUACCGUGGAGAGGGCUUCCUCACGUUGCCAUGGUUACUGAACAAAGAGCUGCACUGCAUCCAUACGCCGAAGCAGAUCGGGGAUGAUUUCUGCGGUCUGGUACUGAACCAGCCUCUGGGGGGUCUCAGGGUCAUCGAGGGCCACCCGCUGUACGAGGACCGGACCGAGGGGAUGGGUGCCGUGGCGGCCUACACCUACAGCGAGCACACGGUGGUGUUUGUGGGGACCCGGAGCGGACAGCUGAAGAAG